CAUCCGUCACGGGCCACCAUGACUCACCUGCAUAGACACGCGGCAGCUGUGUGCCUAAUGAUUUCACAAAUUUAGCUAUGUUAGCAAACGAUAUCGAUGAGUCAUUGAGCCUCAGACUGGAUGGACCCUUUCAUUGCCAGUCCAAUAUCUUCCUCAUCUCAGAUAACAUAUCCAACCUGCCACUUGUGGUUACCUCAGCAAUUAUUUGACGAUGUUGAAUAGCCCAGCCAACAUAAAUUCACAGUUUGCUACGUGUAGAAGAGUUUGAAUAUUAGGAACACCACAAGGAACUUUGCUGGUCACUGUUAUUGUUUCAAGACAAUAAAUGGCUUCGGGGUCAACUACCCCGUUGCGGUCGGAGUUGAUGCGAUCGGUUAGCCGAGGACCGUAACCGGCGGGGCAGAGGACACCGAGCUCUUAAGCGGACAACUGAAUUCUAUCGAAAUGAACUUCAACCUUCUUUCAUACUGAUCCCAAUUGAAGUCUACGCCGAACAUAUCCUAGUAAAGGAUCAUUUCCAAUAUGCCCUUCGAAACCGCCAUCACCUCCACCUUUCGGAGCGCUUCCACGGCCCUUGGUUUCUGGCUCACUCUCCCUAGUGCCGCUGUCGCCAAGACCAUCCUGCACGGCCAACCCCCCAGCCCGGGCCGAUUCAGCUGGGUCCUAGUAGACGCCGAGCACGGUUUAAUAUCCGACCGCCAUUACUAUGAGCUCUUCAACGCCAUCGCAUCCGAGAACGUAAGCCCGAUUGUCCGGGUCCCCUGCGCAGAGGAAUGGAUGAUCAAACGGGCGCUGGACGCCGGUGCUCACGGAGUCAUGACCCCCAUGUGCCAUUCAGAAAUCGAAGCGGCCAAAAUCGUCCAAUGGACCAAAUACCCACCCCUCGGCACACGAGGCUACGGCCCCAUGUUCGCGCCGCACGCAUUCCCCGGCGUUGCGCCCGGUGAAGAGUACGACGAAGGCUCGCAAACAGGCACGAUUGUAGUUGUGCAGAUUGAGUCGAAGGCUGGUGUCGAGAAUGUAGAGAAGAUCGCAGCUGUUGAAGGCGUCGAUGUCCUGUUCAUCGGACCCUUCGAUUUGGCGAAGCAGAUGGGUGUUACGAGGGGCGGGGAGGAGCAUGAAGCGGCUAUUCAGCGAAUUUUGAAGGCUGCGCAUGCAGCGGGUAAGAAGGCCGCUAUCUUCUGUACGGAUGGUAAGGAUUCCCGCGUGCGUGCGGAGCAGGGAUUUGAUAUGAUUUCGGUGAUUACGGAUGUCGGGGUUUUUAGGGCGGGAAUGUUGAAUGAGUUGAAGAGUGUUACGGAGGGGCGGUAGAUGGUAUCUCCUAAUGAUAGAAAUAUAAUAUUUGACUAUGAGGUUUGAUUGGAGAUAUCCAAUCAAUGCAUUAUGACUUUUCUAUAUGACCGGCUAUCUCAUUAGUGUGUCGGACUUCGGCGGUUUUGGGUGGUAGCUGUAGCUAAGGUCUUGGGUACAAGCUAAUCUACCACACGUAUGUGUCCUCUGGCAUGUGUAUACCAUCAUUGAUCGAUGCGCU